AUGCCUUUCAACUUCUUUAGACGCAGCUCACGCCGCACAAGCGAGCAGGAGACAGCAUCACCCGCGCCCCUCGAGACGGCUGACCUAGACCGCCUCAAGGUUCUUGACAUCGUCGAGUCCUACCUUACCCCCAUAAUCAUCCCCUAUCCCGCCAUCGUCUUCCGAACCUUCCAAGCAGAGGGGCAAUCAGAGUUCACGGUUCGGCUGGCGGAACCAAUCAACCCUGACAUCCAAGCCAAGGAACUGUACGUCAAGUUCAAGAAGGACUCCUAUGGACGGACUGUAGUGUUCAUGUCAAUGCAGCAGCCAUCCAGCAGCAUGUAUGACCUCCCCGUCCCAGACCGGCUGUACAACUGGCCUACGUAUAUGGGGCCUAAUCAUCGAUGGGGUCCCAUCACGGUUAAGGUGGAGGAUUCAGUUCAGGGGCGGUGGCUGUCCAUGACCAUGCAUGCCAGCUUUGGUGGGGAUUACGUGGACUUUCGGAUGAGGCAGUCCAUCAUGGAGCAAGGAGAGAAUGUAACACUGACUGGGCCUCGACCUGAUGGCGUGUUCGCACUCGGCUGUGCUGGCCUCUGGGGUUAG